UUCUGAACCACCACCCAAACCACUGAUGGUGUGACACCCUCCCCACCACACACUGUGAGGGGAACCGGACCUCUCUGGGGGGAGGACGUUGUCGGGGCAACCAGGAAGGGAGGGUGGAGGGCAAGAUGCAUCUGCCCGGAACUGCGCGAAACCAAACCGGCCUGGUUUUAGAGUCUUAAAGGCUUCUCUUUCUUGAGCUCAGAGGACCCAAGGGUCCAGAUCACCAGUCUCUUCAUCCCCAGGACGCAGACACCCAGUCCUCACCUCCAUGGAGCUCUGCCGGUCCUUGGCCCUACUCACUGGCUCCCUGGGCCUGGUGUCCAUCCUGAUUGCUCUGAGCACGGAUUUCUGGUUCGUGGCUGCGGGGCCCAGCUUUUCAUUACACUCGGGGCUCUGGCCAAAGUUUGGCACCGAAGUACCAGGCUACAUCCGCGUGACGCAGAGCCUCAGCAUUCUGGCCACCCUGUGGGGACUGUUGUCGGUGAUCUUCCUGAUCAUGUCCUGCAUCCCCUCACUGUCCAUUCGAGGCCACCCGUUCCUCGCCUCUUCCAUCAUGGCUUUCGCUGCAGCCAUUUCUGCAGUGGUGGCCAUGGUGGUCUACACCAGCGAGCGGUGGAACCAGCCUCAGCACUCCCAGAUCCAGACCUUCUUCUCCUGGUCCUUCUACUUGGGCUGGGUUUCAGCUGUUCUCUGGCUCUGUACAGGUAGCCUGAGUCUGGCUGCUCACUGUGGUCGCCCCCGGCCUGGCUAUGACACCUUGUGAGCCGGAGGCGAGACAGGCAGGAUGAAGCACUACCGCGGAAGCUCUCACCAGGAGCCGCAGGCCCCCACGGCCCUCCCUCUAGCCCUUACCCCCAGCCCUGCCGCCACCCCUCCAUUUGUUUCUUCAUCCAUUCAACAAGAAUUUGCUGGGA